AUGCGUUACUCAUUCACCAUCACCGCCCUGAGCCUCCUCCCAUCGGCUUUUGCAAUCACUGUCACCAAUCCUUCAUCAGACACGUUGUGGGAUUUUUCCACUGCCAAAACUAUCAAAUUCACCAGUGAUUCUAGCGAUCCUUCAGUAAUCAGCAUCAUCCUUCGAAGUCAGGAUGGCUCCUUCCAGACCAAAUUGGCGGAUAACGUCAAGACCUCCGACGGCGAAUACACGACCCAGCCUAACCCAAGCAUUUCCAACGGAGAUGACUACGAGAUCCAGAUAAUUGAUUCUGCUGGCCAGCUCGCCGUCAGUGACAUCUUUACUGUCGAGAAGGGCGCUUCGGAUGAUGGUACCACAGCCUCCUCUUCUUCCACCUCUUCUUCCACCUCUUCUUCCACGUCUUUUUUCACCACCUCCUUCACCUCCACUUCUUCUUCCGCGACAUCCAGUACGGCCACUUCUACAUCGGUCACCUCCACCCUUACAUCCUCGGCAACUUCGGCAGCCACGUCGUCAACUAGUCCUUUGUCUUCCUCAGGCAUGAUGCAACUCCACACAAUGUUACAAGGCGAUUAUACUAAUACACCUUGUCUCAUCACAGGCUCCACAACUACCUCUUCUACAUCUUCUUCCACGACCACGUCUUCCACGUCUUCCGACAGUUCAUCCACCAGUGCAUCCGCCUCCCCACUGCCCUCGACUGGUGCUGCGUCGUCUCAGUUGAGCGCUUCCAGGGGAACCAUGGCUCUACUCGGUGCUGCUUUCGCGCUCUUCAUCAUCUAG